UUCAUGGUCAGUGCAAUGGAAAAGCGUCAGACCAAUGACUCUUUUCAACAUGAGCUUGAAGAUUUCAUUAGAAAGCAGAGAGCCAGAGGAUUACAUCCAAGGAUCUAUUUCAGAAAUACGGCAGAGGAAUCUUUUCACCAAGAAAGAGACCGCAUCAGCCCGGGAGCUCCGAUGCUGGGGCCACCUCUCUCAUCCAGAAAACACCCCAGAUCCUCUACUUCCUAUGAAAGGCCGACAGUGGAAAACCUGGUACCUCACUGCAGACAAAGACUGGAAUCUCUAAAACAUCAUCAGAAAAACCAGCCAGUCAGUCAAGAUGGAAAGGAAAGUCCCCGUCACCAGGAGUGGGAAGGAGCCACCAGUGUGGAGCAAAGGACGCCCAAGAGGAAACACCACAGAGAGAAGGCGUCCCACAAAAAAGACAGAGGCCCCAGCAGAAGGAAGGCCUCCCCAGAGCCAGCGGGAACUGAGAAGUCCAAGCCCAGAAAGAGGACCCGCCACGGUGGAAGAGACCCCACCAGAAGCAGACGCCAGUCCCACAGAGAGAAGAAGGAGCCAGAGGAAAGAGAUUUGUGGGAUGAAGUCAUCUUGGGCAGUUGCGACUGA